CUGCAGUCAAUCAUGGGUUGAAUUCAAGGACAUUAUAUCGAUAUUCAUUUCUUUGCAACCAAUCCACCGAAAUCUCAUUCCAUUUCCCGAAAGUUUUACAUCCAAUUCCAUGCCUAUCCACCCUUGAUUCCAACCCGUUUCACCCCUCGGAGAACCCCUCCAAUUCAACCCCACAUGCUCGGCAACCAACACCAACACCGCCCACCCCUCACCGGUCAGACUGUACUCGAGUACGUGCCACAUAAGCUGCUCCAAGAACCAACAAUUGCAACACACGUCUCUAUUUCUGCGCUCUCUCAAGAUCUGGUCCUCCCUGGCGCGACUGGUACACCUCAUGGUGGGCAUCUACGAUCGACGAAACGAUGCCACUGGCGAGCGAUGACAAAGCGCCUCCGGUUGUUGCCAAUGGCCCGAGUAUAAGUACAGACACCCUCGCGCCGGUUUGCGCGGGGCUUGCGGGGAAGGUAAAUGCUUUUCUGGAGGAGACGGGGGGAGGGGAGUUGUUGGAACGGGUGAGGGGACAGACUAGAGUUGCGCUGGGGGUUAUUGAGAAGGCGUUGGGGAUGUAUAGGUUGGUUUCUCUAUUUGCCAUUUGUAAAGGGAAAAGGGGUUUCAUAUCAAUUGUGAGAAAACCUCGCUAAUGCGCUUUUUAUGGAAACAGUCUUGAAGAAAUCUCUCUCUCCUACAAUGGCGGAAAAGACUGUCUAGUCCUGCUCAUCCUCCUCUUGGCCGCAUUACACAACCACUCCGUUUCCUCUUCCUCCCCUCUACCUACCGCUCUGCAAUCCGUCUAUAUCAUCUCGCGCCAUCCCUUUCCUGAAGUUGACGCCUUUGUGGAUCACUCGGUGCAGGAAUACCAAAUGGAUCUCGCGCGCUACAAUCUGACUAUGAAAGCAGCCUUCGAGCAGUACCUGAAGGAAAAGCCGAAGGUAAAGGCGAUUUUGGUGGGUACGAGAAGAACGGAUCCUAAUGGUGGGAAUUUGACGCAUUUUGAUCCUACCGAUCAUGGGUGGCCGGGGUUUAUGAGGUGUCAUCCUGUUAUUGACUGGCAUUAUGCUGAGAUUUGGGGGGUAAGUUUUGCUUUUAUCUUAUUUCUUAUUUUUGGCCUUCAUUUCGAGGAUUACUGGGACUGGACUUUGCUCAAACUAGGAGGUUGGUUUUUGAGCUAUGGAGUUUGCAAUUUUAUACAAUAAUCCUCGAAAAGAAGGCCAUGUCAAAGGGCAAAAAAGAAGUGAUAGAGAAGGAAAAAAUGCUAAUACAUGCAAUAGUUUAUAAGACGCCUUGAAAUCCCAUACUGUGUUCUAUAUGAUCGAGGAUAUACAAGCCUUGGAGGCACUACCGAUACCCAUCCUAACCCUGCAUUGAAAGCCAGUAAUGGAGAGGAAGAAAAGGAGACAGAACAGAUAUUUAGACCGGCUUAUGAGUUGGUUGAAGACGAAGCAGAGAGGUUGGGGAGGGAUUGGUAAUGGGUUUUAAGGGUCACGCAAUGUAUGUGUGUAGCGAUUGGAAGUUCGCUAAGGACUUUGGAAGGGCAGUUGGAAGGUAAAUAGUCUGAGGAGAGGGUGGAGGGCCUUGACUAGUGUUGUCCCUUUUCUUUUUCUGGCACAUGGAUUAUGAUAGAUAUAGAACGCUUUUGAAUAUAUGAUCUUG